UGUGUUUGUGUUCCCCACAGACACCAGAAGAGGUCAAAGGUUACCAGUGCUCAGUCUCUACAGCAGCAUCAAACAGAGCUGAUCAAGAGGGCUGAGGAGAACGCACACGCUUUUCUAGACAAGGAGCUGAAGAAGCUCUGGAGGGUUCUCUUCUCAGAUUACCCACAAUGCUCAGAGGGUCAGAGAGUGGAGGAGGAGGAGGUGGAUGGUAAGAAGGAGGAGCAGAGGAGGCGCGCCAUAGAGGGAGUGGUGGACAUCACAAAGCUCUGCCUGAUGGAGAUGAACCAGAAGGGACUGGCCGACACACUGCGGGGCGGAUCUGCUGCUGUCGAUUGCCAACAUAAAAUCAAGUCUCAUUUGAAGAAGAAGUUCAGGUGUGUGUUUGAGGGAAUUGCUAAAGCAGGACAGCCAACAGAUCUGAACGACUUCUACACAGAGAUCUUCAUCACAGAGGGAGGCAGUGGAGAGGUCAACAAGGAACAUGAGGUCAGAUUGAUUGAAACAGCUUCCAGGAAACCAGCCAAAGAAGGAACACCAAUCAGAUGUGAGGACAUCUUUAAACCCUUACCUGGACACGAUCAACCAAUAAGAACAAUGAUGACAACUGGAGUGGCCGGCAUUGGUAAAACCGUCUUAACACACAAGUUCACUCUGGACUGGGCUGAGGGCAAAACCAACCAGGACAUACACUUCACAUUUCUCCUCACUUUCAGAGAGCUGAAUUUACUGAAAGGGAAAGAGUUUAGCUUGGUGGAACUUCUUCAUCACCUCUUUAUUGAGACCAAAGAAGCAGGAAUCUGCAGGUUUGACCGGUUCCAAGUUGUCUUCAUCUUGGAUGGUCUGGAUGAGUGUCGACUUCCUCUGGACUUCAAGAACAACCCGAUCUGGACGGAUGUCACAAAGUCCACCUCGGUGGACGUGCUGCUGACCAACCUCAUCAGGGGUAACCUGAUUCCCACCGCUCGCAUUUGGAUAACCACACGCCCUGCGGCAGCCAAUCAGAUCCCUGCUGAGUGUGUUGACAUGGUGACAGAGGUGAGGGGGUUCACCGACCAACAGAAGGAGGAUUACUUCAGGAAGAGAUUCAGCGAGGAGACGCUGGCCAGAACAAUCAUCUCCCACGUCAAGAAAUCACGAAGCAUCCACAUCAUGUGUCACAUCCCAGUCUUCUGUUGGAUCACUGCUUCUGUUCUGGAGGACAUCUUCAAAAAAUCCCAGAUCGAAGAGAUGCCUAAGACCGUGACUCAGAUGUACAGCCACUUCCUGAGGGUUCAGUCUAUACAGGGGGACAGGAAGUACCAUGGGAGGGCUGAAACAGAUCCAGACUGGAGUUCAGAGAACAGGGAGAUCAUUGUUUCUCUGGGAAAACUGUCUUUUAACCAGCUGGAGAAAGGCAACCUGAUUUUCUACGAGGCAGACCUUGUAGAGUGUGACAUCGAUAUCAGAGCAGCCUCAGUGUACUCAGGAGUGUUCACCCAGAUCUUUAAAGAGGAGUGUGGGCUGUACCAGGACAAGGUGUUCUGCUUUGUCCAUCUGAGCAUCCAGGAGUUUCUGGCUGCCCUUUACGUCUUUCUGUCCUUCAUCGAUACUGGUGUCAAUCUGCUCUCAACCUACAAAAAAGAUAAACUCCUCCUCUACCAGAAUGCUGUGGACAAGGCCUUACAGAGUGAGAACGGACACCUGGACUUGUUCCUCCGCUUCCUCCUGGGCCUCUCUCUGGAGACCAAUCAGAAUGUCCUGCGAGGUCUGCUGGGACAGACAGGAUGGGGCUCGCAAACCAAAAAGGUAACAGUGUCUUACAUCAAGCACAAGAUUGGUGGAGAUCUCUCUCCAGAGAGAAGCAUCAACCUGUUCCACUGUCUGAAUGAGCUGAACGACUGUUCUCUAGUGGAGGAGAUCCAACAGACCCUGACAACAGGAAGUCUCUUCGAAACACGUGUCUCUCCUGCUCAGUGGUCAGCUCUGGUCUUCAUCUUACUGACAUCAGAAGAGGGGCUGGACGUGUUUGACCUGAAGAAAUACAAAGCUUCAGAGGAGGGUCUUCUGAGGCUGCUGCCAGUGGUCAAAGCCUCCAAAACAUCUCUGCUGUAUGGCUGCCAUCUGUCAGAGAGAUGCUGUGAAGCUCUGGCCUCAGUUCUCAGCUCCAACUCCUCUAGUCUGAGAGAGCUGGACCUGAGUACCAAUGAUCUGCAGGACUCAGGAGUGAAGCUGCUCUCUGCUGGACUGGGGAGUCCACAUUGUACACUGGAAACUCUCAGCUUGUCUGGCUGCCUGGUCACACAGGAAGGCUGUGCUUCCCUGGCCUCAGCUCUGAGCUCCAACCCCUCCCAUCUGAGAGAGCUGGACCUGAGCUACAAUCACCCAGGAGACUCUGGAGCUGCGCUGCUCUCUGCUGGACUGGAGGAUCCACGCUGGAGACUGGACACUCUCAGUGUGGAGCACGGUGGAGUGUGGAGGCUGAAACCAUCUCCACAGAGAUAUGCCUGUGACCUCACACUGGACCCCAACACGGCCUACAGACGACUCUCUCUGUCUGAGGACAACAGGAAGGUGACGGUGGUUGAAGAGGACCAGUCGUAUCCGGAUCACCCAGACAGAUUUGACUACUGGGACCAGGUGUUGGGCAGAGAGGCUCUGACUGGCCGCUGUUACUGGGAGGUAGAGAGGGAAGGAUGGGUUGGUAUAGGAGUGACAUACAGAAGAAUCACAAGGAGAGGACGGGGUGUUGACAGCGGGCUUGGAGGGAACAACAAGUCCUGGGGUCUUUAUUGUUCUGAUGGUGGUUACAUUGCCUGGUACAACGGUAGUAGAACAGACCUCCCUCUCCGCGCCGCUGGCUCCACCAGAGUAGGAGUGUAUCUGGACCGGCCUGCUGGCUCUCUGUCCUUCUACAGAGUGUCCCCAGGUGGAGGAGGGUCCUCAGACACACUGACACACCUCCACACCUUCUGGUCCUCCAGCCGUUUGGGUGUGCUGGUGCGCUACACGUUGUCCUGCCAUGGGACGGUUCCCUCUGCAACCUGGUCCGCCUACCAGGCUGAGCUGGCUCUGGAGGAGGUGUUCUGGGGCCACCCGCUGUGCCAGGAAGACCGAGUGUAUUCCGUCAGCCUGGGGACCGCGAGCGCUGACGCCAACUCCCUCACCCACUACAGAGGGUUCCCUGCCCAGGCCCUCCCUUCUUCUGCAGCAGCUGGGAUCGAGCCGCCACCGCUGAGAAACUGGACCGGGGACAGGGAGCAAGCCGAGCGGAUAGAGACUCUUCAGAUUUUGAGUCUGUCGAGGGGACCGUUCCGGUCCGUCAAGCCUGCUCCGUCAAGCAGCAGGCUUGACUGA